UCUGCUAUUGCACAUGUAAGUGUAAUUUCCACGUCCUUGCGGUCUCGUCUUGCGUGAAGGAACGUUUGAGUCAUGUUGCUUUUGUCGAAUAGAAUCAAGUUGUGUUCGCUGGCGUUUACCGCCGUGCGUCUGUGCAGCAGCGGCGUCGCAGCUGCCAACAACAACCCGACCGUUUACUUUGACAUUGCUGCAGAUAACGAGCCUCUCGGCAGAGUAACCUUUGAGCUCAACGCUGACGUUGUGCCUAAAACGGCAGAAAACUUCCGGGCGUUGUGCACAGGGGAACUUGGUUUCGGUUACAAGGGAUCAGUUUUCCACAGAGUGAUUCCUCAGUUCAUGUGCCAGGGUGGUGAUUUCACAAACCACAAUGGGACUGGAGGGAAGUCUAUCUACGGAUGGAAGUUUCCCGAUGAGAACUUCAAACUGAAGCACACUGGACCUGGAAUCCUGUCCAUGGCCAACGCUGGAGCAAACACCAAUGGAUCCCAGUUCUUUAUCUGCACUGCUAAAACAGAAUGGCUGGAUGGCAGACAUGUUGUCUUUGGCAGCGUGAAGGAGGGAAUAGACGUGGUCAAGAAAGUGGAGUCUUUUGGUUCACGGUCUGGGCGAACCUCCAAGAGGAUCACUAUCACAGACUGUGGAGAGCUGAAGUAGACUUCGAUGAGCAGUGGACACGGUCCUCGUCUCAUCUCCUGCUGUACUUUCAAUACCUCUCACUCCUGACAAUAAAACAUCUGGCUCAGUU